CUUUGAAUUUUGUUUACGAACAAUAAUAAAUUGCUUAUUUUAGUUAUUGUAAAUUAUUAUACUGUUUUGUUGUAGAAUUUUAAUACUAUAUUAAACGUUUAAAACAUAACGGAAUUGUGAAAAUGGCAGAUUUCAUAAUUGACCAUGUUAGCAUCGUAGAUGAGAAAAGUAUAAAAAGUGAUGUUGAAGAUUCUGAUGAGGAUAUAUCGACUCUUAAAAAAUAUAUCUUUAGGAAAAGAAGAAAACAUGUAAAACUCGGCUCAUACACUGAUGAGGUCAACGGCAUUGACAUGUAUGACGCAGAUGACAAAAUAUAUGACUGCGAUAAAUGUAGCCAGUCCUUUCAAAGCAAAACGAGUCUCUUGAACCACAUGCGUAUGCACCAAAAACGAUCUGUUUACACGUGCGCCAUCUGCCAGGAAACAUUUAAAAGCAACAAUGAGCUUUUAGCCCACAAGGAGACCCAUAAAAAUGAUGACACAGUAUUUUUCUGCAAUACUUGCGAAUUCGCGUUCACAAAUCACUAUGACUAUAUGGUGCAUGAGAUAUCGCAUAAAAAAAGAGGAUCUUACAAGUGUUUUGAAUGUGGCAAUUGUUACAAGCCGAGUUAUAUUGCAACUCAUAUCAGGGUACAUUACAACAUAGAGGUGAAAUGUGACAUUUGUGACAAGACGUUCAACUGUGACAAGAAUUUGAAAUCUCACUUUAUAAAUUUACACAGUCGUAGGAUCGAGUGUGUGGAGUGUGGCCAGAAGUGUCCCAACCGGUCCUACUAUGAUUAUCACAUGCGAAAGCAUACAGGUGUGAAGCCGUUCCAAUGCUUGUACUGUGGCAAGGGGUUUGCAAGUAAAGCAGCUAAAAGAAUACACACACGUAUACACACAGAGGAGAAGCCCUACGAAUGUCCUAUCUGUCACAUUCGAAAGAUUCAACAAGGGGAUAUGAACGCGCAUAUAGCUACACAUGGAAACGUUAAGAAGUAUGAAUGUGACUACUGCUCGAGGAAGUUCUUCAACAAGCAAAGUCUGCUGCCUCAUAUUCGCCUGCAUACAGGGACCAGAGUUUUCAAAUGUACCCUUUGUAAGCGAACAUGCACAACACGGACUGGUCUCCGUUCUCACAUGGUUUAUGCACAUAUAAAAGAUAGAGAUUAUAAGUGUAAAUUAUGCAACAUGUCCUUCAAAACACAUUUAGCACUCAAAAGGCAUAAUACGUCUAAGAACCAUAAAAAUAAUGAGUAUGCUAACUUAAAUAAAUCACAAUAAAUAAUUGAAAAACCAAUAGUGAUCUUGUUUGCAUUUAUAUAAACAUUGGUAUCUAUUAAAUUAUUCUCCAGGGGGGUCUAACCCCUUAAAAAAGGUCAAUAUGUACUCUCAUCUCUUUAUGAACUUUUAUUUGAAUCCUGGGGUAGACACGGCUCACUCAGCCCCUCUAUAAAUAUGCCUAUGAACUACAAAAAUAGUUUUAUUUAUUUAUUCUUUAUUGUACACAAAAAAUUACAAAACAAUAUAUAUAAAAAAUAAGAUGUACAACAGGCGAGCUUAACUCUGUAAGAGUUCUCUUCCAGCAAACCCUGAGUGGAGAGGAGCAUUAAUUACUAGCGGGCAGUAUUUUUUAUAAAUGUUUUAAAAAUAGUUUUAUAUUAUAUAAAACAAUUUUUUGUAGCAGCCAAGGUCAAAAAUAAAAAUAUUCUUCUUCAAAAAUAUUCUUUACCGAUUGGUGUCUUCAUCGAUUCAAAAUUUCGGAACAUUGCGGAUUUGUUAUUUAAAUAAAAAAAUCAUAUUGAGUAUUCGAAGUCUAAAAACUUAUUAUAACUUUUUUUUUUACUAAAAUGUCCAAUUUUAUCAGAACUGACAAGAUUUUGUAAUGGCAACUCUACCUAUAGACUGUACCUUCAGAUUUUGCAAACAUUUGUUGCGAUAUGAAUUUUGUUUAUAGUUAAUUAUAUAUUUUUUUUAAAUUUAAUUUUUGUUAUUUAAAAAAAGAACUAUUUUUUGUAAUAAUUAAGUUAUAUUCUAGUGUACCGCCGUAUGUCUUGAAAUAGAAUCCACCGUGUGGUUCCGACAUAGUAUAGGCCACUUCCUUUUUCCAUGAGUGUCUUAAGAGGUGACUAAGGAAGGGCGAGGGAUUAGCAGCAGUAUCCCUCUGAAAACAUCUCUAAAGCCUGAUUGCGGUUGAAAACCGCCUGCCAAACGCGGCAACUACUGUCAAAACCCCCUAAGGGGAGGCUUAUGUUCAGCAGUGGACAGUUAAAGGCUAAUAUGAUGAUGAUAUGAUUCUAGUGUAGAUUUAUAAGAUGAUCUUUUAAUAAUUUGUUGUUAAUUUCUCUUUCUGAUAAAUUUCAAUAGCAUUAAUCCAAUAAAUGACUAAUUAAAUA